AUGCGAAACAAUGCAAGUCGGCAAUUAAGACGUACAGAUCCAUCUUACAGUCAGAGGGAACUAAAUCGUGACGGUGCUAGACGUCAAAAUAGACGAGCAGAUCCAUCUUACAGCCAGAUGGAACUUAAUCGUGAUGACAUUGGUCGUCAAAAUAGACGAGCAGAUCCAUUUUACAGCCAAAUGGAACUUAAUCGUGAUGACAUUAGUCGUCAAAAUAGACGAGCAGAUCCAUCUUACAGCCAGAGGGAACUAAAUCGUGAUAAUUUCAGUCGCCAAAAUAGACGCCAAGAUCCAUCGUAUAGUCAACGGGAACUAAUUCGCGAUGAAGAUAGUCGUCAAAUUAGACGAGCUGAUUUAUUAUACCGAGAAGCAGAACAGUACCGCGAUACUUUGGAACAUCAAAUGAGACGAUCUAACCCAUCAUAUAGGAUUCAAGAACAAGUCCGUAACACUGCAGAACAUCAAAUUAGACGAAGAAAUCAGGAAUAUCGGUCAGAAGAACAAAUUCGUAACACAACAGAGCACCAAAAUAGACGCAGUCAUAGGGAAUAUAGGAUCGAAGAACAAGUUCGUAAUACAACAGAGCAUCAAAUUAGACGGAGUAAUCAAGAAUAUAGAUUACAGGAACAAGUUCGCAACACAGAGGAGCAUCGCAACAGAAGAAGUGACAAUAUUUACAGUGAGUUAGAAAGAUCAAGGAAUACAUUACGGCGCUCUUUGCGUAGACGAAAUAUGCAAUACAGAGUGAUGGAACAGCAACAAAACACCAUACAACGACACAUACUACGAACAAUGGAGCGCCAGAAUCAACAUGACAUACAACGUAAUGUUCAGGAAAGAGUUACUCGCCACAGGCAAGAUAAUAUUAACAGAGAAAUGGAAAAUAGCCGGCAAGCUGAACGAAAUCGUCAACUGAGAGAGGAACUACCUGUAGAAGAACUAGAGGAAAGCAGACGAAUAGUAGCAGAAAAUGGAAAUCGCAUACGAUUUCUCAGGUCAAUAAAAAAUAAGCGAAGGCCAAAUAUUCGUUUGUCAAAUGGACUUGAUUAUCCGGAGAUACCUGAGUGUCUCAAGGACUUAACGUCCAUCGAAGAACGGCUUGUGACAGCCAGACUUCCUUUUAUGAUAAUCAUAGCUCUUGGAUUUGAAAGACAAAGCGCAAUAAGAGGAGCUGUUGUAAAUGUUCCUAUUUCCGUCAAUGAAGUAGUUACAGCUCUACCUAGGACAUUCGAUCAAGCUGAAGUAAUUCAGCUUCAUUUAAGACGUCGACUUGAAUACCAGCACGACUACAUGACAGAAACUAUUAGACCUGCUAGAGUUAUUGAGGCUGCCAGAUAUUUGGUUACGUCCGAUUUAUACAUUAAACAUGGCAUAACUAUCGACAGUAAUUGGUUCGAAAGUUUUGCUUCUCAAAAUGUUGUUCCCUUUGUAGCUGAUCGUCAAGAUGAAAAUAUCAUUAAUAAUAUUUUCGAGAAUCAAAAUGAUUAUAAUUCUAACGCUGAGAGCAAUAUUGAUGAGUUUGAUGUAGAAAAUCUUAAUCCAGGUGGACAAGAAACAUUACUUGAUAAUGUUCCGGUGGAAAAUGUACCAUUACAAAGAUUAGUAAUGGCACCUGGCGAAGGCCAGCGUCCUCUUGAUAUGGUAAUAGAUGAAGAUUCGGAGGAACUAUCAUUCGUUACCAUAUAUGGAGGGAGAAAAAGGACAUGCUCAGAAAGUUAUAGCAAAAUAGUUCGCUCAGAACUACGAAGGUAUGAUAGACGUGCUUGCAGAAUCGAUAAAUUACUCUACAGCUAUAAGAAGUUGGAGCUGUUGUCAAUAAAGAGUGCGAUGUCAAUUGCUUUACGCAAACAUGUCCGCUCGAAUAAUGUUACAGCGGGUAAUGCCCUUAACGAAACUUUCAUGAACAGCCUCAUACAACAUGACGAUGGAUAUCGUAUUUUAAAGGGUGUUCGAUCUUCUCCAGCUCACUGGGAAGCUGAGAAGAAAAAAGCUGUAGCAAUGAUUAGACAAUUUGGCCUACCUACAUUUUUUAUUACUUUAUCAGCUGCUGAAACGAAAUGGACAGAGCUUUUGGUUAUUUUGUCAAAAACUGUGGACAAUAUAGACAUAACUGAAGAUGAAGCUGUUAAUCUUAGUUUCACGGAAAAGGCGAGACUGAUACGCACUGACUCUAUUACUUGUGCCCGUUAUUUUGACUUUAGAUUCCGCCAACUUUUUGGUCUCUUCAAAAUGAAAAAUGGCAUUUUUGAUAACCACUAUGUGCAGCAAUACUAUUGGCGAGUUGAAUUUCAACAUAGAGGCUCCCCUCAUAUUCAUGGCAUGUACUGGCUUAAAGAUUCUCCAAAAAUUGAUCUUAAUGAUCAUUCAUCUUUCCCGACCGUUAUUCAGUUUAUUGAUAAAUAUAUAAGCACAAAUGGUAGCGAUCCAUGUGUUGCCCAAUAUAUAGAUUAUCAGAAACAUAAUCAUAAUCGGUCUUGUACAAGGGAAUACAGAAGUGAAAGAAUUUGCCGAUAUGGUAUUCCAUAUCCCCCCAUGCCUCAAACCGAAAUUUUAACUCCUCUUCCAGACAACUUUGAAAAUGCAUCUCUGUAUAAGGAGGGAUAUAUAAAAAUUCAAAAUUUUUUAAAUCAAAAUUUAAGCGUUGAAGAAGUUUCAAAUCUUAAUGAUUUUGAAUGUUUUUUAAGCAAUGAACAUAUUAAUAUGUCAUAUGAAGCUUACAAAUUAUCCCUCCGUUCAUCUUUGAAAAAACCUAAAAUUUUCUUACGUAGAAAGUUUGAGGAUAAAAUGCUAAACGCAUAUAAUCCUACGAUUUUACAAUUGCAUAGAGCAAAUAUGGAUAUUCAAUUCAUUUUGGACGCUUAUGCAUGUUGCAGUUACAUCGUUAAUUAUAUUAAUAAGUCUAAUCGCGGAGUUUCCAGAAUUCUACGUGAAGCCAUUGAUGAAAUUAGAGGCGGAAAUUUCACAAUUAAGCAAAAAUUGCAACAUAUUGGCCAUAAAUUUAUUUCUGGUACUGAAAUUUCGGCUCAAGAAGCAACAUAUUGUUGUCUAGGUAUGCGCCUUUCUGAAAGUAGUAAUGCUGACAUAUAUAUUAAUACCGUUAGACCUGAAGAAAGAGUAUUGAUUCUAAGAUCUCGUGAUGAACUUCAAAAUUUACCUUCCGACUCUACAGAUAUCUACGUCACAAGUCUUUUAGACCAUUACGUACAACGACCUGAUGAGUUGGAUUCUCUGUGCUUGGCAGAUUUUGCAGCCUAUUAUAAGUUUUCUAGAACUGCAAGAAAUGUACAAAAUGAAGAAACUUAUAACGAGCACGAUGAACAAGAUGAAAAUGAGUUUUCUGGACGAUUUCUUAGACUUAAGGAUAAUAGCGGAUUCAUCAAAAAGAAGACAAAGCCAAAUGUUAUUAGAUAUCGACGAUACAAUGUUAACACUCAUCGGAGCGAUUACUUCAGGGAAUUAGUAAUGUUGUAUCAUCCCUGGCGAAAUGAGGAAGUCGAUAUAUUGCAAAAUGACAAUGAAGGCUUUUGCAAUACUAAUAAGGAUGCCAUUGAAUCCAAUCGGAGACGAUACGACGUUUUUGAGGAAAGAGAACUUGAAAAUGUUCUUGAAAAUCUAAGACUUGAAUCUGAAUCCGACAAUAAUGGUCAUGGGGAAGAUGAAAAUCCAUCUAUUGAUAAUGAGUUUAGAGUUCUUGGGGUUCCUGAAAUAAAUCCGGAUAUUAAUGUAUUUAAUAUACCAGAAAACGAACCAACCGAAGAAUCUCCGGAAGGUUGUAUACGUUUAAUUAAGCUACCACCUCUUAUACCAGAAAAUGAUUUAUUAACAAUGGUCAGAUCAUUAAAUAAUAAGCAAAAAAUUUAUUUGACACAUUUGUUACAUAAUAUAAAAUUGGGCCAACCAUUUUAUGAAUUUGUAGGAGGUGGUGCUGGAGUCGGUAAAAGUAGAUUAAUAUCUGCAUUAUACCAGUCAGUGAAUUACAGACAAAAUUAUAUACCUGGUAAUGACCCGAAUACGAUAAAAGUCUUGCUUUGCGCACCAACAGGAAAGGCAGCAUUUGGCAUAGGUGGAGCUACACUUCACUCAAUGUUUUCACUGCCCAUAAAUCAAUCAUCAGCUGACCUUAGACCACUAACUAACGAUACAGCCAACACAUUGUAUUCGAAAUUCUUGAACUUAAAGCUCCUAAUCAUAGAUGAAAUAUCUAUGGUAGGAUCAAAAAUGUUUAGGUAUCUCGACACAAGGCUAAAACAGGUGUUUAAAUCGACUGCACCGUUUGGAGGGAUUUCUGUUUUAGUAUUUGGAGAUUUAAGGCAACUUCCCCCCGUUGGUGAUAGUUGGAUAUUUUCCGCACCAACAAAUGAUCCGUAUAGUGUAAUAUACGGAUCUUCACUGUGGGACAUGUUUAAAUAUUUUGAGCUCAACGAAAUAAUGCGCCAAAGAGAAGAUCAAGCAUUUGCAAGAGCUCUUAAUAAUAUGGCAUGCGGAAAAAUGUCUGAAGUAGAUAUAUCUCUUAUGAAAUCACGAGAAGUCCUUGAAUCGCAUGUUCCAGAUGAAGCAAUUCAUUUAUUAUGUACAAAUAUUGAAGUUGAUAACUGGAACACGAUUAAACUUAAUAGAAUAGCUACAGAAGAGGUAACAUCAUAUGCCAUUGAUCAAGUGAAAUCAGUGGGACUAUCCCGAGAAAAUAGGGAUCGCAUUUUGGAAAAUGUCAAAUGCUUUAAAACAUCCGAAACUCAAGGACUUCGGUAUGAUUUGAAGCUAAAGACAACUGCAAAGUACAUGAUUACGGUUAAUAUCAACACUAGCGAUGGCUUAGUUAAUGGAGCAACUGGCCAACUUAUGCAAAUUGGCUUUGAUAAUAAUCGAAAACCAUUAACAUUGUGGAUUAAAUUUCCUGAUGCUUCCAUUGGCGUUUUAGCUCGAUCACAAAGGCGACAUCCAAGCGAAGCUCUGUGGACCCCUAUUGAAUUGUUAGUACGGUCUUUCCAAUAUAAACGGAAUGAAAAUGUCAACAUUGACCGUAAGCAGUUUCCAGUUGUACCAGCUGAAG